AUUGAUCUGGGCCGAGUAUUGAACGCUGUGCUGCUCCGGGGGUUAUUUCCUUACUUUGGGGAUCGUCACGUGUAUCGUAUAGCAGUUCCCUGUCUUUAAGUUUAAGAUAGCUUCAUAUCAUUUUCAUCAAAUAGAGGGGCAUUUUGAAAGGACUUUCUAGUGUGUCGAUUAUAUUGACACAUUUUGCGAUAUGCAUUAGCCCCAUGGAUUCUUGUUUAUAUCCCUACGUAGCUCUUAUCAUUUAUCUUUCUUUGUCUCAAUUAUUGAACGUUUAUAUGAGUGUGUUUUUCCGCCCACCACUGAGGAAACUAUAAAUUAGAAAGCUAUUUUAAUGUAUUUGUUGUUUACUGUAUAUUGUUUUUAAAAUUUAUUAGAAAACAUAAAAUUAAUCUAAAAGGUGACAACUGUGAAGGUUAAUGCAAUAAAAAACAACACAAAAUUGUAUAUUUGUUUUGAAAAUUUUCCGAGACACACCCACAAAUAUGUACUUCAAAAAUGUUGAUUUUCAAAAAUUGUUAAACGCAGCGAUGAAACGACAGAUUUUAUUGUGAACAGCUAUUUUUAGUUACAAGGUAUGAUAUUUAAGCGUAUUUUUAGAAAAACAUUUAUGAAUUUUAUUGGAUUUAUUAUUUUGUUUUGGCGCUGCUGCAGUUUGUGUCUUAGAUCACGUAGAUCGAGAUGCGGAACUAUUAAUAAAAUUGUAUUUCAUUUACAUACAAAAACAACUGAACCUAAAUAAAUUUGUGUAUUGAUGAACACAUACAAACAUGUAGGUAUUUCUACAAGUAUAGCUUUUUAUAACUUUUUAAGUAUGAGCAAUCAUAUUUCGAAACUGUACCAGAAGCAUUUAAAAAGGCGAUCAAUAAGUGAAGUGCUUCAGUCAUGCCGUGACAGUGCUGAAAAGCGGAACAAACUUAGUAGUUUGGGAAAUUCGAAACAUUUUGGAAUCUGGAUUCAAAAUAUGAUUACAGAAGUGAAUUUGUGAAUUUUUGAGUUUUUGAAAAAUUUAAGCUGCUCGUCUUGCAAAUGGCCUAUGUGUGCACCGCAAUGCCGUGGCUUACAUCAGCCCACAGGACAUACCGAACAGGAGUGUGAGCUGCUGCGUACGCACAAUCUGGGCGCAGCAUUGGCUGCCAUAUGCGAUAAACCCGAUUUGGUUAAGAACUACUAUGAACUCAUAUUGAUUGUGCGCAUUUUCCUACUCAAGCAACAUGCGCCUGAAAAGUAUGCGGACAUUUUGCAAAUGGAAUCACACACCGAGUUGCGUAAAUCCAAUACCGAAUUGUGGCAGUACUAUGAGCAGAAUGUGGUGCAACGGUUGCAACGCGAUUGGGGCAUGGCGAUGUUCACCGUCGAUGAGAUACAUAACAUCUGUGGCAUUUUGGAUGUGAACUGUUUUGAAAUCGGACAAAAUUCGGCAAAGGCGCGUUGUUUGUACAAGAGCGCAUUUUUGUUGGCGCACGAUUGUUGUCCCAAUACGGCGCACACCGAUGAUCCACGAAGUUACGCGAUCAUUUUACGCACAUCACGAUCGAUACGAAAGGACGAGAGCAUCACGUUGAGUUAUGCUUACACGUUGCAGGGUACCCUGAAGCGUCGCGAGUUCAUGCAUGCCGGAAAAUUGUUCUGGUGUUGUUGUCUGCGUUGCGCCGAUCCGAAAGAGCUCGGCACGGACUGUAGUGCGUUGUUGUGCCCGAAGUGCAAAUGUGGAUCUGUACGUUCUGUAGAACCACUAAAUCAGUCGGCGGCAUGGAGCUGUGAUCGCUGUGACUACACGCUAAAAUCGACGGAGAUUGUUAAAUUAUUGGACACAAUAAAUAUGAAUUUGGAGAGCAUAGAUGUGCACAAUGUACCAGGACUGGAAGGUUUUCUGAAAAAGUAUGAACGUGUACUAGGGCCCAAUCACUAUCUACUGCUCUCAGCAAAAUAUUCUCUCUGCCAAAUUUACGGUCGUAUUGAAGGUUAUCUGCUGCAUACAAUGCCGUUGGCAAAUGUAGAAAGGAAAGAAAACUAUUGUCGUCACUUUUUGGGUAUUAUAAAUGUGCUGGAACCAAGCCUAACACGUUUGAGGGGUCUCAUACUAUAUGAGCUACAUGGCGCCAUUAUGAUGCGUUCGCAGCGUUUGAUGAUGGCUGGCGAUAUAAGUGAGACAGAAUUCAAACGCAAUAUUAAGGAGGUGAUUAAAUGUUUGCAAGAGAGUCGAGAUAUUCUACUAUUAGAGCCGCUUGGUUCGAGUGAACAUGAAAUGGGUGCGGCAGCGACGAGAGCGCUAGCGGAAAUGGGUGUAAAGUAAAGCGGUCAGGAUCACUUUCAGAAGUUCAUCAAUGAAACAUACAUUUUUGUAUGCAUUACCCUUUAAAUUUUCACCUCGAAAUGGAUUUUGCAUUAGAUGUCGUAAUUUUGGCUGUACUAUCGAAAUUCGCUCCAUAAAAAUCUCAGCAAUACAUUCACAUACACAUACACAAAUACAUAUUUUUCAUAUAGUUUCAACUAUACAUACAAACAACUCAACACUUCGACUAUCAGAGUUUUGACACACAUACAUAUAUUAUACUCUUCGAAGAACAUCACACACAUUUCCAAUACAUCUGUCAUUAUAUUCUAAGCACUUGCAUGUACCCAUUUAAGAAUAAAAUUUUUCAUAGCACAUUUUUAGUUUUAAAGUAUUUCAUAUAUCGGCACAACAAUAUUGGGUACUAAAUUCAUCAGCAUAGAUAAAUCGUCCAUCAAUAAUGCAUGUUUUUCUUUUUAUAGGAUUUAACAGCAAACUCAAAGAAAUCGUUAAGAAAUCACUUUAGAGUAAUACAUUUUCAUUCAUCUUAUUCACUUAGUCAUUUUACAUUAGCAAGCAUGGAUUUUCAACCACAAAAUCUAAAAUUUUCAAUCACAAUAAAACGAAAUAAAGUCAUAAAUUACAAAUCAUGUCACAUUAAUCAUAAUUUACAAGAUCUUCAUUCCCAAAUAAAUAAAUAAAAUUUAUAUCUCAAGUAAAAAUGCAUGGUCAUAAAUCAUAAAUUAAAAUUAUUUAACGAAAAACAGAAAUUAUAAAUAAUAAUUCUUUCAAUAUCAGCAACUACCAAUCGUGUUUCACCCUUAAAAAUUAAUCAUUCAUUCCAUACUCAUCCUCUAGAAUUCAUCAUUCACUGCAUUUCACUUCACAUAAUUCACUAAUGGCACACCUUGAAUACUUUUCACAAUUAUUUAUUUGGCAUGCUUCAUUUAUCAUUGGCAUGAAUCAUAGUAUAUCGAUAAAUAUAAAAAUUAUUAAUGAAAAAUUCAUCAUUUGAUUUAUUUGAACACUUAGUUGUCACUCAUCAUUCAUUCGCCCAUUUUCAUGAAUGAUUCGUAUUUAAUUUCAACCUAUUUAAUUCAUCCAUCAUCAAUACAUCAUUCAUUUAUUUUUCAGUCACAAUUUCGUAAUCAUUUUGCGUGGUUUAUUCAUCUUUAAUUAUGUUUACGUCAUUAUUAUUCAUCUAUGCACUUCACUUCAUCAUCACUUAUCGUUUAAUCGUUUAAUAUUUAUCAUUAAUCAUCGAAUGCCAAUCAUCGAUCACUUUUCAUGCUUCACACAUCAUUAUACGUCACUAACUUUUAAAAAUUUUGCACGUUGAAAACUAGAUAAAUUCAUACUUUUCAAUCAGUUUAUUCAUCGCUCAUAAUUAUUCACAGCACAUCGCAAUUUUAAUGCAAAUGUCUUUCAAGUCAAAUUUAUAGAAGUUUUUAGCUGAACACAUAAAAAAGAAACAUGACAUUCAUCAUCAAUUUAUGAUUUAAUUGCUCACGCAUUAGUCGUUGAAUAUCGCAGUCUAUCAUCAAAUCUCAUUAUAGUCGCACAUUCAUAAGAUUUUUGCAUGCUGAACAAUGAAAAGAUAUGUUCUCAAUCCUUACUCAACAUCAUAGUUUACAAUUAGUAUUUUUGUCAUUACUUUUCAUUUAUUCAGUUAAUCACUUAUUAUUGGCUUCGUAUCGUAUUCAGUAAAUAAAGUUAGUUCUUGAUUAGUAUUUGAAAGACCUUUAUGAUUUAAUUGCUCACGCAUUAGUCGCUUAAUAUCACAGUCAAUCAUCAAAUCUCAUUACAAUCGCACAUGCAUAGAAUUUUUGCAUGUUGAACAAUGAAAACAUAUAUUCUCAAUCCUUACUCAUCAAUAAUAACUCACGAUAAGCGAUUGAAAAAUCCCUUUGCAUUCAUUCCUCAGCAAACUAGUUUGGCAAUUUAUCAUUAUUUGUAACAUAUAUCAUGGGGAUAAAAUAUUUCGGAGAAUGAUGGUUCGGUAAUAAUAAAACAUUGAUGAAAUUUAGAGGAAAAAUUGCAUGUCUGAAGUAGUGAAUAGAUCGGUUCAUAGAGUUCGCUACUACCAAAAAAUCAGAGCGCGGUAAAUAAUUUUAAUGCAAGUUCAGAAGAAUUUACGAGUUUGCAGCAAUAUUAAAAAUAUGUUGUAAGGAACAUGUUUUGUGUAGAAACCCCACUAGAAAGAAAUUCUGGAUACGCCACUGAUAUAUAUCCUCAUAUCUAUCAUAUAUUAAAACUACAUAUUUUCUAUCAUAUUUCAUAUAUCUUUAUAAUCUAUGUAUUACACAUAAAUAAAAGCAAUCAUAUGACGUCAAGCAUUUAUUACAGUUCAACUAUUAUCUAUCAUCUUAUAUAUAUUGAUUAUUUGCCAUAUUAAAAUAAUAAUAUUGACAUCUAUCAUUUUUUAUCAGCAAAUAUUCGAUCUAUUUGUCAUUAUCUACCACCUUUUAUUUUUUUCCAUUUUUCAUAUAUCCUCUAUAAUUGGAACCAUCACAUUUUUCAUCUAUACUAGUAUAUCAUCUGUCAUUUAUCAUUUACCAUUUGUCAUACAACUAUAUCUUUAUUAUCUUUGAUCUAUUAUCUGCAUGUGCCAAUCAAAAUAAUCAGUCAAAUUAGGCGUUAUCAUGCACCUAACAUAGAGUAUCGACCAACUCUCCUAUAAAUCUUACAAUCACGCAUCAAGCAUUAUCAACACUGAGUCGCAAUAUUCGAAAUACAUAACUGGACAAGAUAAUUUGGAGCAGUUAACAACACCAACGGCCAUUCUGCGGUAGUGAAGGAAAACCGUAAAUUAAUUGUUGCUCUUCUUGUUUUUGUAAUCAUUUUUAGAACAUGUGAAAAAGUAAAUAUAAGAAUCUAUGCACGUGUAUAUGUAAAA